AUGGCUCCUAGUAAAGGAUGGAUGGAUCUUGUUGGUGAUCGUCUUAAUGAUGUAUAUCUACGUGGGGUUGAGGAAUUUUUAGACUAUGCUUUUAAGAAGACUGGGAGGCGUGGGGAAAUACGUUGUCCAUGCGUCAAGUGUAGUAACACGUAUUCCGCCACACGAGAAGUGGUAGGGACACAUCUCAAGGUGUAUGGAAUAAUACAUAAUUAUACAUUUUGGUAUCACCAUGGAGAAAGGGUAGGUGAAUCUGAAUCUAAUUUAGAAAGUGUUGAACAAAGUGAAGAUGAGCCUAGCAAUGAGAUGCAUGACAUUUUAAGGGAUUUAUAUCCAGAGUUUUGUGGUCAAGAUACAAAUGAUAUGGAUACGAAUAUCUUCGCUUGUGAUAUUCAUAAAGAGGAACUGAAUGAGGAAACGAAUAAAUUCUAUAGGUUACUAAGAGAUUUUGAGCAACCAUUAUACCAAGAUGAAUUAUUACCUCAAGGAUCUAAUUUGCCACAAUCGUAUUAUGAUGCAAAGAAAGUAAUUCAAGAUCUUGGUCUCUCAUACAAAAAAAUUGAUGCAUGUGUAAAUAAUUGCAUGUUAUAUUGGAAAGAGGAUGAGAGGCUAGAUUUUUGUAAGAUUUGCGGCUAUUCUAGAUGGAAGACUGAUAAAUAUAAUGGGGAAGACAAGGUUAAAACCAAUGGGAAGAGAAUACCAAAAAAAAUUCUGCGUUACUUUCCACUAAAGCCAAGACUUCAAAGAUUGUUUAUGUCUACAAAGACAGCGUCUUUGAUGAGAUGGCAUAAAGAUAAGAGGGUAGAUGAUGGAGUGAUGAGACACCCUGCUGAUUCAAUGGCAUGGAUUUCCUUUGACAAACUACAUCCAAAUUUUGCCUCAGACUCUCGCAAUGCGAGACUAGGCCUUGCUAGUGAUGGAUUUCAACCUUUUGCCAAUUCAAAAAAUGCCAUAUAG